AAAAUGGAACCCACCAGCAGUGUGAGGAGACCUGAAAGUGGCACAUGGCAGAGUGUGGCGAUGGAGACAGCAGCAAUGGGGAGAGCCGUACAGGGACCCACGCUGCUGCAUGAGGAGUCGGUACAGGGGCCCAUGGCAGAUUAGGGGCCUGGCCGCAGCAAUGUGAGGCCCGUAAUCUGCCAGCAUCCUAUGACAAAAUGGAACCCAGCAGCAGUGUGAGGACACCUGAAAGUGGCACAUGGCAGAGUGUGGCGAUGGAGACAGCAGCAAUGGGAGGCCGUACAGGGACCCAUGACACACUGUGGACCUGGCAGCAGCAUGA